GACAGAGUGGGCCAGAUGACGAAGACCUACAAUGACAUCGAUGCUGUCACACGUCUGUUGGAGGAGAAAGAGAGAGAUCUGGAGCUGGCUGCAAGGAUUGGCCAGUCACUCCUUAAGAAGAACCAAACCCUGACUGAGCAGAAUGACUAUCUGGAGGAACAAGUAGCACAAAUCACAGAGGAGGUGGCCCAAUUGCACCAUGAGCUGAACCUGAAGGAUGAGCUUCUGCAGUUUUACACCAAUGCAGCUGAGGAGAGCGAGGAGGAGUCCAGCAGCUCCCCCACGGGCAAGAAGAGUAAAAUGGAAACAGCUUCAGGAGGCUUUGUGAGCGACACACUCCAGAAGAAACUCAAAGAGCUGGAGGAAGAGAACCUGUCGCUUCGAUCAGAGGCCAACCAUCUAAAGUCAGAGACGGAAACGUAUGAAGAAAAGGAGCAACAGCUUGUUAAUGACUGUGUGAAGGAACUCAGGCUGUCCAGUCUCCAGAUCUCUACCAUAGCGGAGGAACUGGCUCGUAAAACUGAGGAUGCGUCCCGGCAGCAAGAGGAAAUCACACACCUCCUCUCUCAGAUAGUCGAUCUGCAAAAGAAAGCCAAAUCUUAUGCAGUGGAAAAUGAGGAGCUCUCUCAGCACCUGAUAGCAGCUAAAGAUGCCCAGAGGCAGCUUACAGCAGAGCUCCAGGAGUUGGAGGAGAAGUACUUGGAGUGCAUCGAGAUGCUGCAUGAAGCCCAGGAGGAGCUGAAGAACCUGAGGAACAGGAACUACCCAGCAGGGACCCCCCGACGCUACCAUCCGCUCGGACUUUACCCGAUGGAUUCUCUGGCGGCUGAGAUCGAGGGAACAAUGAGGAAGGAGUUGAGUCUGGACGAUCCAGAGUGCGAGGAACAGAAAAUCCAUCGUAAGCGUGUUUUCGAAACAGUGAAGAACGUCAAUCAGACAGUCCGCCAGCGUUCACUGACUCCAACCAGCGCCAACAUCCCGGGCUCCAACCAAUCUCUGUCAGCUCGCACAUCGCCACAGUCCAGCGGCUUCUCCACACCUCGCUCCAGCAUAUAUGGAGGUGACAUCAGCGCAGAUAGUAUUGCCCUUGACAACCGGACGCAGAGCAUCCUGAUGGAGACAGUAUCCAAUCAAGAUAGCAGCACAGAGGGUAGAGAGAAGAAGGUGAGUGGGGCUGAGGACCUGCGACUGGCCCUGCGACGCCUGUCUCUGCGUCGACAAAACAACCUGAGUGAGAGGCGCUUCUUUGAGGAGGAGAGGAGGCGAGGAGGACAUGGAGGUAUACACGAUGCCCUGAGCCAGGAGAGUGCGUUGACCCCCUCAGAAAGCAUCAUGUCCCUCGGGAACCUCCAUCUGUGGGCCUCGCGAGGGCCCUACCUCCCUGACAAACUCCAGAUCGUCAAACCGCUCGAAGGCUCUGCCACCCUGCACCACUGGCAGCAGUUAGCGCAGCCUCACCUCGGUGUGAUCCUCGACCCCAGGCCUGGAGUUGUGUCAAAGGGCUACAGACCACUGGAACUGGAGCUGGAGCAGGUGUAUCCAUGGGGUGGCUUUGAAGAAGAUGAACCAGGGGAGCAGUACUUCCAGAACCUGCCCACUUCCUCGGCCUCUGCCUCCCCAGCUGUGCCCUCCACCUCCAGCAUGGGCAGCGCCAACCCCGGGCAGCCGGUGCCCAGCCUCGCUCCACCUUCUCCUCCCUCUCCAUCUCCAUCGCCACAUCUUAGUAACACUGAUGCUUUGGCUGCAUACUACCCAGGUAAAUGCAUGGCUCACACCAGCUCUACUUACACCUUCACUACCUGUCGGAUCCUCCACCCAACUGAUGAGCUGACGCGGGUCACACCAAGUCUAAACCCAAUGCCGGCGUCGUCUUCCUGUGUGAUGACCAGCACUCUGCUGGGUACUCCUGCUGCUACACCCUGCACGCCCCGCAGGCUCAGUCUCAGGCCCUCCGAAUCCUCAACUAACCUCAGAGAUGCAACACGCACCACCAGCACAUCCCUGGGCUUAGUGCGCCUUCUCCAGGAGAGAGGCAUCUCAGCAGCAAUGUAUCACCAGAGUCAGGGCCUGGAGCAUGGAAAGAGCAGCGAAGGAGUUUUAUUCAGCACGUCCAUCACUCCUCACAGAGUUUCCAACCCUGACCCCCUGCGCCCCUCUACUCCUCCGAACUCCCCCACUGGACGGGGAGCUUCAGCAGUGCCAACCUCCCUCGGCUUCGACUUCAAGAGCCCCUCCUAUGACAACUUCUUGGCUUCCAAACCGGCCCGUUCCAUUCUGAAAGAGGUGACGGGGGGAAUGAGGGGCAGGCAGAGAGGGAGGGACUGCGAAAGCCAGACGGACGUUAGCGUGACCGUUCACAACCUCAACCUGCUGGACAAGGUGAAGCGGCUGGGUGUGGCUGGAGCACAGGGUGGAAGAGCAAUGAGUCCAGGCCCCAUUCUAGGGCCUCUUGGGGGGCUGCGCAGAUCCGGCUCUCCUUUUGCGCCUGAUGGAAUAAGAAGGAACCGCAGUUAUCCAGCCAUGGUUGGAGCCAGCAUGGCUAUGAAGGCCCCAGGGCCCCCAGAGUAG